AUGCGUCAAGGUCUUCCGUCUCUGACGCCGCGCCAACUGGCGGUCAAUCAACUCGUCAACGCAUCGCGCAUCCUAGCCUACCAGGGCAUCGCUGACGACGGCCUCGGCCACAUUUCGAUUCGCGAUCCUCUUUCGCCCGACACAACGUUUCUCAUCACUGCAGGCAGCAAAACCGCAGCUCAAAUCACUCCUGCCGACAUUGCCGUCGUCAGGAUUAACGAUUCGCUCGUCACUUCAGCCGCUCUUGUUGGCUAUGCUGCCCCGCUUCGACCGGCCGAAAUUUUCAUCCAUUCUUCGAUCUACCAAAGAUUUCCAAACACCACCGUCAACAGCAUCGCUUACUAUCAGACCGAGCAGCUGCUUCCCUGGACGCUGUUUACGGGCACGUCUGAUUCCACGAGCGAUAUGACGAGUCUGUACGCGACCACCUCGGGAGCGGCCUUUAUGGGUGUUCAUCCAGCACCAGUCUUUGAUGCCUUCGAUGCUGAUCCCUCCACCACUACGGUGAUUGUCGACAACGUUAUCAAAUCGUAUGAGCUGUCGCAGAGGUUCGGCCUUUCGGAUGCUCCUGUCGACUCGAUCAAUCAAACCGGCGGAUUCCGACCGCUCGUGCUGAUGCGUAACGACGGUGCCACCGUUGUCGGCACGUCGGUACCGGAGACGGUCUUCCGAUUUGUUCAAGCUGCAAAGAGCGCGAGGGUCCAGUUCCACGCCGCUGCUUUAAAUGGUAACGGAACGACACCGCUAUUUGUUCCAAAUGCAGCUGCAAAGACGAGCGACGCCUAUCUGCGAAGAUGGCUGUACUGGAUGACGCAGAUCGAGGAUGGGAUCCGCGACGAUUCGGCGAGGAGUCCGGAGCUGUGGCAGGGCGACGGCGAUCCGUCCCGUGGAGCCGCAGCUGGCUCCAAAGGCAAGAACGGCGCAUCGACUGGUCGAGAGAUCGAGCCCGUGGCUACAAUGCUUGGUGUCGUAUUUGCUCUCACUUUGUGUUGUUUCCGAGUCGUGUAA